AAUAAUAAAUGAAGUGAGUGAGGGGUUGAGGAAAAAGUAAUAUGAAUAAAGCGUCGUCGCCGGUAGCAUAAUCGUUCCACCAUCCAUCUGUGUACGCGCAAGAAUCAUGACUAGUUCCUCUGCUGCCGCUCGCAAGAAUCUCAGUAAGAUUGCCUGCAAUAGGCUCCAGAAAGAGCUCGUCGAGUGGCAGGUCAAUCCCCCCACCGGUUUCAAGCACAAAGUCACCGACAAUCUUCAGAGGUGGGUUAUUGAAGUCACUGGAGCUCCUGGCACACUUUACGCUAAUGAGACCUACCAGCUUCAGGUCGACUUUCCCGAAAAUUACCCAAUGGAAGCUCCUCAGGUUAUAUUUUUGCAUCCGGCUCCUCUGCAUCCCCAUAUCUACAGCAACGGCCAUAUUUGUCUAGAUAUAUUGUAUGAUUCAUGGUCCCCUGCAAUGACAGUUAGUUCUAUCUGCAUCAGUAUCCUCUCAAUGCUUUCAAGCUCAACUGUAAAGCAACGUCCUGAAGAUAAUGACCGUUAUGUAAAGAACUGUAGAAAUGGCAGAUCGCCAAGGAGACAAGGUGGUGGUUCCAUGAUGAUAAAGUAUAAUAACUAGUAUUAUCUAAUAAGUUCACAAAACUAGAGUAGAGGAUUAUCCUUUUGAAAGCAAAAUGAAGACAUGGGAAAAAGCAUUUUGAAAAACCAGGAUCCCUUUAAAUGGAUAAUAACUCUGCUGUAAAUUGGCAUUGCCUGGUAUUUGUAAAGGAAGAGGAAACUGUGUCUCAAGAAUCUUUAAGGAGCAAACAAACUCAUCAUUGUGGUUAAUCUCAGGUAUUUGGUUGUGGAUAUAGAUGGUCUGAUUAACCCCCGUAUGAUAACUAGUCGUGUUUAAUACUUUCUUAAGAUUUAUGCCCCAAUAUAUCUCCAAAUUGACAAUAUGCAUUGCCAAUAUUCCAAGUUUCAGUAAUGAUA